UUCGCUGCAGAUGACCAGUUUUGGGGGGGUGGAGGCUUGACUUGAGCGCUUCCACAGACCGUGCCAGAGCGCGCUGUACUAAUUGAUUUGCUGUGUAGAUGAUGCAGCUCAGCCAUGAGGUGUACGUGAAGCGCAGGACGCUUUUGGAGGCAACAAGUGAAUAAUGAAGGAGUCGGUCUGCAGGAUGACAGAGGAAACGGGUGACUGCACCUGAACGCAAAGCGAAUGCUGCAUCUGUCUCUGGCUGUGCCAGCCGCGCUGUGGGAAUGGAUACUAGCAGUUUCUUGGUUGGGAUAUGCUUUUUUCUGCUGUCGCUCAGCGGGUUUCCAUCUCCUUCACUGGCGACGGACUUCUGCCCCGAGCCCUGUGACUGUCAGCAUGCGCAGCACCUCAUGUGCACCAACCGCGGGUUGCGCACUAUACCCAAAUCCGCCGCGCGGGUGUCUGAUGAUACACUGGUCUUCAGCCUCGGGGGUAAUUUCAUCGCCAACAUCUCUGUCUUCGAUUUCACACGGUACAUUAAUCUUGUAAGGCUCAAUUUACAGUACAAUCAAAUUGCAAAUAUUCACCCAAAAGCUUUUGAGAAACUUUCCAAGCUGGAGGAGCUGUAUUUGGGACAUAAUCUUUUAACAGCUGUACCUGCUGGCACUUUGCAGCCACUAAAGAAAUUAACUAUUCUUUAUGGAAAUAACAACGCCAUUAAGAAAAUCACACCAGAGCUCUUUUCCAACUUGGAUAGUCUUGUUAAAUUGCGCCUAGAUGGCAAUGCAAUUGAAGUUUUGCAGGACUCUGUUUUUAAAAGUUUGACAAGUCUACAUUAUCUCCAUCUGGAAUACAACAAAGUGCAGCACAUACAUAGAAAUGCCUUCUCCAAACUGACUAGCCUGCGCUUUUUAAAUCUGGCCCACAACAAACAGGGAGCCGUGCGCAGUGCCCUCACUUUUUCUCAACUCAGAGCUCUGACAACUUUGCUAUUGUCUGACAAUGAAAUCCAAUACAUUGAAAACCAUGUCUUCCAAAACCUGAAAAAGCUCUCCAAGCUCUCCCUUAGCAACAACAGAAUCUCUCGUUUGGGGAGUGACACUUUGAAGGGACUGUCAAGCCUCAGAGAACUUCUAGUCGAUGGCAAUGAGUUGGUAGAAAUCCGCGCUGGUCUUCUUGACCCUCUGGAGCAUGUGGAAGAGCUGGACUUCAGCCGAAACCGAAUCUCCAAUGUGGACUCUUUGGCCUUUUCCAGACUUAAAUACCUGAAGGUGCUUAAGCUUAAGAACAACUUUCUCACCAGCCUGUCAGGUGACAUUUUUGCCCUCAACAAUGUGCUUUAUGACCUGGAUCUCCAAGGCAACAACUGGACAUGUGAUUGCCGUCUGGAGGAACUGAAGAGAUGGAUGACUGCUGCACAUUCUCAGGGAAAACUGUUGACGGUAUUUGUACAGUGUCAUUACCCGGCAAGUCUUAGGGGGAAAUAUCUGGACUAUGUGAAUAGCUCCCAGCUGCAACCCCUCGGGAACUGGAGCCAUUUUUGUAAGAACGGAGCCGGGCCUGAAGAGAGCCGUUCAGGGGGUGUAGUAGUCAAGGUGGAGGCGGUCAGAGGUGUGCUAAAUGCAAAAGAUGGAGGGAGGAGAGGUGAAAACACUCUGGAAACGGGUGAGAGAAACAAAUCAGAAGUGGAAGAAAGGGAAAACUUGAGACGAGAAAGGAUGAAUGAGACAAUGAUGAGGAGAGAAGAAGAAAAAAGGAAAAGAGAGGGACAGGAAGAAGUGGGCGUCCAGGGAGACCAGGGGGGUCCAGAGGUUGUAGAAUCCUCUAUCCUAAAAGGAAAGAAACCAAAGAGGGAGUCACGACCUGCUGCAGAGGCAGCUGGGAGACGUGCCAAAGGGAGACGCAGGUCGAAUGUUAUUUCCAAAGCUGAUUCAUCAACCACUUCCACAUCGAGUCAUAUGAUAGACAUCAGACACAGUACCAGUUCUCCUGCCCAGGCAGGAGGAAAAUUUGAUCUUCUGAGAUCAGAUCGGGAUGAGGCUCUACCUGUAAUCACAGAUCCAUGCUUGUUUAACCGCCAUUUCAUCACUAAUGUGUCAGUGGAUCAAGUUACAUCCAGUACUGUCACUGUAUAUUGGACCACAAGGGAUCAUCAUCCCUACACACCAAGACCAAAACCAGGCCUAGACGAAGUCCACUAUCGGGUUCUGUUUGACAGAUUUGGAACCCCCGAUCGUUUCCCUCGCUACGUUUAUGCCCGUGGAGCAGCUCGGUCUGUAACCCUUCGAGAACUCAGCUCAGGAGUCACCUACAUGGUCUGCGUGGAAGGAGUGGUUGGUGGAUCCGUGUGUCAAGUUGCACCCCGUGACCACUGUGCAGGACUGGUCACCCUUCCUGAUGGGCUGAGCCAUGGAGUUUUGUUGACCUCUGACCUCCAGCUGGUAACCAUAGCAACCCUGGCAGGGAACGCCAUUCUGCUGCUUGUCAUUGGUGGAAUCUGGCUGGGACGGAGCCUGAAGAAGAGGUUGCAGAGGAGGAAGUCGGCCGUCCACGUGCGUCACAUGUACUCCACCAGGAGACCAUUUCGCCCCACCAUGGCGACUGCCUCGGUGUCCACAGACUUCACCAGCUACCAGAGCAGUCGACCAACACGACUUACGCCACUAGAAGAAGGAGACCUCAUUGAGUUUCCCUGCGAUCGCUUUUUGGACACCUGCAGUGUUCGCAGAGAUAGUGACCUGUAGAAAGCUCUCAACUAACUCAGACCUAAAAAUAUUGACACUGUACAGCAUAGAAACAUGUACACUUGCUUAUGGUUUCAGUCUUUGCUCUUCUCAGCAGACACGCUGCAGCAUCACACUAUAAACAUUGAGUUUCUUCACAGCUGAAAACAAACUCAUUUAACUGUCUGCAGAACAGUUAAACUCAUGUGGUUCUAUCCAGACUUAAGAGGAAAUCCAGUUGCUCUGACUUCCCCUUCCUGCUUUGUGCCUUUCCUCUUUCAUUUCCUUGCACCUGCAAGUGCCUCUAAAUGCUGUGAGCUCAAGUGUGCACAUAUGAAUGUUGUACCACUGAUUUCAACGAUGGUGCUAAUACUGAAUUCACAGACAUUAUAUUGUCUCAUUUUUGUACAAAAUGUAACAAUGGCUGCUGGAUGGCAGAUAAAAAACAAUUGUGUAUUUGUUUUAUUUUUUUUUUGGUACCACAACUAUUACUUUUUACACUUUUAUAUGGAGUUUUGUAUAAUUUUGUAUUACACAAAAAAGUAAAAUUCCCAAGAAUGUGACUAAUUUUCAUUUCAGUGUUUGUUGAUCAUUUAAUUGUGGAAGAGAUGUUGCUGUUUCUAUGGCUGCUGAGUUAAAAGUAUGUUUCCAGGGAU